AUCAGCCUUCUCGGUUCACUAAUCAACCAACCUCUUUCUCUCUCCCUCUCUCUCUCGUGGGUGCGAUCGAGAUAGUGUCUAAAUCUGCUACGCUUCUGAUCUUUGUGGCCGGUGUGACCAGAGACUUUGAAUUGCUUGGUGAUCAUGACCAUGGCCAUGGUGAUGCUCACAACUUUCUUGGUUCUAUUCCUCUCUUUGUUGUUCAAAAUUGCUCACGACACACUUCCGUGCUACUUCAUAAACCCAAGACGCAUCAAGAAAGUCAUGGAGAGGCAAGGAGUGCGUGGCCCCAAACCCCGGCCUCUCAAAGGCAACAUCUUGGACAUGGCUUCCCUUGUUGCCCAAACUACCUCCCAAGACAUGAAAUCCAUCAACCAUGACAUCGUUGGCCGCCUUUUACCGCAUUACGUAGCUUGGUCCGAACAAUACGGAAAGAGAUUUAUAUUUUGGAAUGGGGUGGAGCCCCGGAUGUGCUUGACGGAGACUGAAUUGAUAAAAGAAUUUUUGUCAAAGUACAGCACGACGUCCGGUAGAUCAUGGCAACAACAACAAGGGUCAAAACAUUUUAUUGGGAGAGGUUUAUUAAUGGCUAACGGCAAAGAUUGGUAUCAUCAGCGUCAUAUCGUUGCCCGGACCUUUAUGGGGGACAAACUCAAGAGCUAUGCGGGGUACAUGGUGGAAUGCACUAAGGAGAUACUCCAAUCACUGCAAAAUGCUGUAAAAUCAGGCCAAACUGAGUUCGAAAUUGGUGAAUACAUGACUAAGCUCACUGCAGACGUAAUUUCUAGAACCGAGUUCGAUUGUAAUUAUGAGAAGGGAAAGCAAAUAUUCCAACUCCUAACAGUUUUGCAGCGUCUCUGUGCCCAAGCAACCCGCAAGUUGUACCUUCCCGGAAGCCGGUUUUUUCCAAGUAAAUAUAAUAGAGAAAUAAAAGUAAUGAAGAUGGAAGUGGAGAGGUUAUUAAUGGAGAUAAUUCAAAGCAGAAAAGACUGUGUAGAGAUUGGUCGGAGCAGUUCAUAUGGGACUGAUUUGCUUGGUAUGCUGCUUAAUGAGAUGCAAAAGAAGAGAUCAGAGGGUGGACUCAGCAUAAAUUUACAACUAAUCAUGGAUGAAUGCAAAACAUUCUUUUUUGCUGGACAUGAAACCACUGCCCUCUUACUCACAUGGACCAUAAUGUUACUAGCAAGCAACACUUCUUGGCAAGAUAAGGUUCGUGCUGAGGUGAAGCAGGUCUGCAAUGGUGGAACUCCCUCUGUUGAUCAUCUCUCCAAGCUCACCGUGUUAAAUAUGGUGAUAAAUGAAACGCUUAGACUCUACCCGCCCGCAACUGUUCUCCCUCGAAUGGCCUUGGAAGAUAUUAAACUAGGUGAUCUGCAUAUUCCAAAGGGUCUAUCAAUAUGGAUCCCAGUGCUUGCAAUUCAUCAUAGCAAAGAAUUAUGGGGCAAAGAUGCAAACGAGUUCAACCCGGAAAGAUUUGCUUCCAAGUCAUUCACACCUGGGCGGUUCAUCCCUUUUGCUGCUGGCCCCAGAAACUGUGUUGGCCAAGGUUUUGCCAUGAUGGAAGCCAAGAUCAUAUUAUCCAUGUUUAUCUCCCGGUUUAGCUUCACCAUUUCAGAGAAUUAUCGUCAUGCUCCUAUCACCGUUCUCACAAUAAAGCCUAAGUAUGGGGUUCAAGUAUGUUUGAAGCCCUUAAUUAACCCUUGACAUGAUGCAUAUACAUGAGAUUUUGAAGUUAGAGAGCUAGCUUAUUAUGUUUUGUUGGGGGGGGAUCGAGUCUCGAUCGGAUACAUGGGCGUUUCUAAUCUUUCUCUAAAGACUAUAAUAUCAUUGUAAUUUUUUUUUCCCUACAUUAAAGAGUAAAUUAGGUGAUGAGGUAUCUGGAUAAAGAAAGCAAUUAUGCUUGUAAGAGUUACACACGAAUUAAGGAAUAGGAAGUUAAAGAAAA